AUGACCUACUAGAAGGAUCACUUAGGAUCUUGGAUAUCUGCAGUAUAGCUAAGGAAUGCCUUUUGCUAUCAAAGGAAAACACGCACGAACUACAAUCAGUCAUCAGAAGAAAGAGAGGAAUUGAAACCGGAUUCAAAGUUGAGGGUGUAAAAUACAUGGCUUUGAGAAAGAACAUGAAGAAGCAAAUUCGGAAGGCAUUGGCAAAUUUGAAGGCAAUGAAGUUGAUUGCUUGUUCCUCAAACAACAAAGACAAUAACUCAUCAACUAUGCUAGGAUUCUUGAAAGAAGCAGAAACAAUCACUAUAACCUCACUAGAACAUCUGUUGCUGUUUAUCUCAGAUCCAAAAGGACAAUCAAAAAACUGCAGAUGGUCAGCAAUAUCCAAGUUGAUGCAUUCUAAAAGAGUAGUUUGUGACUCACAAGAAUCAGACACAAAUGAAUUUGAAAAGGUGGAUGCAGCUUUGCAGCCACUCAUCAGCAACAAGCUUCCAUGUCCUGAAAAUGUUCAAAGUCAACUGGAAAAUUUGGAGAUGUGCAUUCAAGAUCUAGAAAUAGGAGUUGAGGGCAUGUCAAGAAAAUUAAUUAGAAAUAGAGUUUCACUACUUAACAUAUUCAACCAUUAAUCAUAGUGUCUAUAUGAUUUUUGUGCACUCAAUUUUCCCCCAAUGAGUGUUACAUGCUUACAUAUCUGUACAUGAAUGUGAAUACAUCUUAUUAGUUCAACAUCUAUCUCUCUUGAUCAGUUCCCUUCAAAAUAUUUAUCUUUCAAUUUCACUUUUUCACUUCAAGA